AUGGAGCAAGAGGCGAAGGCCAAGUCAGCAAUGAAGCCACCUGCUGCAAAGCCGCGAGGUAAAGCUUCCUAUUCAUUUUUUCUUGCUGAGUCAACUUGUUCGUGUAGGCCAUUUAUUUCUCAACUUCUCGUGUAGGUGUAGCAGCAGCUAGUGAACUGAGCGAGGUGUUGUUCUGUUUUUCGCUCUAUCCAAUAGACACGCCGUGGCGCCGGGAAACAGAUACUGUACAUGAAAAAUCUUCACAGGUCGUCCCAGGAAGAACAACAACCAGCAACAAGCCGACAAGGAAAACGAGGCCCCCUGCAAUGGUAAGACAACCAACAGCAAGCAGGGCGCUAAGGAAGAGAUGAAAGAGGAACCAACGACUACGACAACGAGCGGAGUUCUGCGAGAACGCAUUUUAUGUUGAGUUGGUCUACUUGUUUUCAGAUGGAGCUACGGUAGUAGACAUUCGCUAUCCCUAUAGUAUCCGACUCGACUCCAACUACCUUGAUGUUGAUGCUGAUCCUUCUAGCUGUAUUUUUUUCAAAAAUUCACUAUGCACCUUUGGUCUAAGAAACUGGCACUUGCAGUUGCUUACGCAGCUGGAGGCUUUGUUUUUCUGAUGUGCAAUUGCAUUGUUAUGAGAGUCACGCUAUACCUGCCUGCCCCACUCCUGAAUGUCACAAGCUGGCUAGACCUUCUCGUCUUUGAAUUCUUCACCUGUUCUAAUGAAUGCGAAC